AUGGCGGCGGCGGGCGGCGGCGGCCGGGGCAGCGUGGGCCUGGGCCCGUCCCCGGAAACCCCUCCGAGCGAGGAGGCGCCCAUCGCCGCGGCCCCCCCGGGCCGCCCCGCUGCUCCCGCCGGACCUGAGCCGCGGAGGAAGCGCAGGCGAGUGUGGGGCCGCAGCCCCCGGCAGGGUCCGGCCGGAGCCCGUCCGGCCACUCCCGGCGUCGCCUCCCGCUGCCUCACUGGCGCUCGGUCCCGGCCCCAGCCCAGCCGUGGUACAGUGCCCAGGCGGUGCCCGGCGCUCCCCAGCCCCCGGGAGCCGGUGCGGGGUCCCGCUGACCCAAAAUAAAUAGUGUUCCCUGGCAGUGCCCCAAGGAUCCCCCUGUGUGACACAGCCAGGCACGCUCCGUGCCCAGGAGCAGCCUGCCCGCCUCCUCAGGGCCGUAGGGAACCGGGCUGGCUCGGUCAGCCUGCCCGGUGUGCUCUGUGUGUGUGGGGCAUCGGGGCUGUGUCCCCACUCCGUCCCCUGCCCGGUGCCUCGCUGAGAUACUGUCAUCUCGUCUCUAUUCCAGUGUCCCCUCCAUCAACCUGAGCGGCUGCAAGUACGACAGUGGUAAGUCAGAGGGGAGGGGACCCGCAGGCUCCCCAGGUGCUGCCCAGCCAGGAGCACUGCUGGCACCCAGUUCCCACUGGUUUAUUUACUGCUGCCAGACCUCGAGGGCCCUCGAGUUAGUGGGGAAUUUGUCACACUUUGGACUGAGAUUUCUCUCGAUUAAAAAUGUGCAACAGCAGCACGAGCCCUCAACAACCCCCA